CGCUUCCUCAGUUGGGAGUCAACUCUCCUGCGGCGGCCGCAGCGGCAGGAGCCGCAGCACCAGCGCGUCCUUCCCGGGCCGCCGCGCCGCCGCCGCCGCCGCCGCCGGCCUCCCCGGGCCCGAGCGCAGGCCGAGGUCCCGCCGCGCGGGGCAGGCAGCCGCGCGCCCGGCUCUCCGGCCUCGGGCGCUGUGCCUGCGGGGCGGCCUCCUUCCCCGCCGGCGGCCGCCGCGCUCCUGGCCCCCUCCGGCGGCCGCUGCCAUGGGCACCGACAGUCGCGCGGCCGGGGCGCUCCUGGCGCGGGCCCGCACCCUGCACCUGCAGACGGGAAACCUGCUGAACUGGGGCCGCCUGCGGAAGAAGUGCCCGUCCACGCACAGCGAGGAGCUUCGAGAUUGUAUCCAAAAGACCUUGAAUGAGUGGAGUUCCCAAAUCAGCCCUGAUUUGGUCAGGGAGUUUCCAGAUGUCUUGGAAUGUACUGUAUCUCAUGCAGUUGAAAAGAUAAGUCCCGAUGAAAGAGACGAAAUGAAAGUUUCUGCAAAACUGUUCAUGGUAGGAUCAAAUUCUUCAUCAUCAACUAAAAAUGCAGUUGACAUGGCCUGUUCAGUCCUUGGAGUUGCACAGCUGGAUUCUUUGAUCAUUGCUUCACCUCCUACUGAAGAUGGAGUUAAUCUUUCCUUGGAGCAUUUGCAGCCUUACUGGGAGGAAUUACAAAACUUAGUUCAGAGUAAAAAAAUUGUUGCCAUAGGUACCUCUGAUCUGGACAAAACACAGUUGGAACAGCUGUAUCAGUGGGCCAAGAUCAAACCAAAUAGUAACCAAGUUAAUCUUGCCUCCUGCUGUGUGAUGCCACCUGAUUUGACUGCAUUUGCUAAACAAUUUGACAUACAGCUAUUGACUCAUAAUGACCCAAAAGAACUGCUUUCUGAAGCAAGUUUUCAAGAAGCUCUUCGGGAAAGCAUCCCUGACAUUCAAGCACAUGAGUGGGUGCCACUGUGGCUACUGCGAUAUUCAGUCAUUGUUAAAAGUAGAGGAAUUAUCAAAUCAAAAGGCUACAUCUUACAAGCUAAAAGAAGGGGUCCUUAACUAUGACUUAGGAUCAUAACCUACUGACUUGUAUUUUCUUUGACUAUAAGAUAAAAUUGAGAUAUGUAAAAAUCUAUUUACUGUGGUAUCAUUGAGGCAAAUAUUCUUUAGUUAUAUUUGACAUGUUACCUGUCAAGUUUUGAAUACUUCUCUUGCCUCCUAUCAGUAAACUCACAUGAACCUCUGUAUUGUUUUCAUUAAACUAUUGUUUUCUAAUUGAAAUCAUCUACAAAGAAAAUAUUUGCAAUAUAUUUUGCCUUUAUUUUUAUGACUAAUAGAAAUCAAGAAUGUUUGUUGUUAGAUAUAUUUUGGCCUAGGCAUCAGGAUAAUGUAUACUAGUAUACAUAUUUUUUAUUUCCAAAAAACUCAUUAAUUGCUUCUUACUCUAUAGUAUAACUAAGCAAUUUAGUUACAAUUGUUAAAACUGCUGACAUACUGGAAGAUAUUUUUCCUGUUGAUAAGAUUAUUAUAUCUCAGAGUAACUGGAGUAGCUGGGAUCUAGUAGUAGUGUAAAUAAAAUUCAUGUCUUCAAUACAUGGAUAGAAACAAUUUUUUACUAAGUUUACUUAAUAACCUUGCUUGUAGUUUACCUAUAAUGAUUUAACCUUGUAUUCCUGUGCCAUAUUUUCUCUUGCUGUUAUUUACAAAGACAAACCAAAGUAAAUCUAAAAAGGAGACUAGAAUCACCCCAAUAAAUUCAACUUAAAAAAAAAAACAAACAGAAAAAAAUAAAAAUGAGACUAGAAACUUUGAAAUUAUUGUUUGGAAGUUUUAUAAAAGCUACUAUUACUUUCAGAUUCUUUUUAAUUCUUGAUUUGUCCUUAAUAUUUUGCUAUUCAUUCAAGAAUAUCCAAUAAAUAUUGAGCAAUUACCAUGUGCUGGGCACUGUGGGCUCUGGAAAGAGGAGGGGGUACAGGGAUUAAGAGUAAGUUGCUAAAUAUGAUAUUUGUUCCCCACUAAUAACUGACUGUGAGGGACUAAAAGCAAGGAAAGAGGUAUAAAAAGCCUUAAUUAUUUAAAAGCAAAACUUUAGAGCUAAAAGAGACUUUAGAUCAUUUAGUAUAAUUCCUCAUUAAAGAGCCAGAAAACAGCAAAUAAAUAAUCUUUGACCUAUGAUAUAUACUAUAGAUUUCCUUAAUUCUAUAAAUUUGGGAAGUUCUUUAAAAAUCUCUUUUCUCUCAAUUCUUUUAAACCAUGCAUUUUAAUAUCUGAUUGAUAAAUAUAAACAUAUAUAUAAACUAAUAUAUAAAACUAAUUUGCCCAACUUUUUUCAAUGUAGGGAAAAAAAACUAUGGUUCCAUAUUCAAAGUAAAUACACUAGACUCUUUUCCUACCAUAAAUAAGGUUUUGGGUUUAGUGGUUAGAUAAUUUGAUCAUCAGAAUUAUAAUGUUAAAUUGACUGAUUUACCUGAUAAAACUUAUUUAGACUUUGAGCUUCCUAAAGCCUUAUAUAGCCUUUAUAUUAAUUGUGUGUAAUGUUAUUAAAUGUAUAUAGUUAACUUUUUUAUUUGGAAAUAUACAUUUUUCAUAUAAUGUAAGUCUUUAAACAAAUGCUCGUUUUAAUUUAAGCCUAUAUACAAUGAGUUGGUCAAGAUAUUUUAAGAGGAAAUUUUAAUAUCACAUUUAUUGUUUUCUUUUAACCCUCGUCUUACAAAAAAUGGAUUGUUUGAAGGGUUAUUUUGAAAUGGGGAAAAAUGUAUGUUGUUAAUAUAUCCAAACUUAAGAGGAGCCUUUUGUGUUCUUUUCCCCCCACUCCUGACAAAGAAGAUUAUAGAUUCAUUUUGUGAAAGGGAUCAUGUUUGAAAAUUUUAAAUGUUUGUUUCAUUUCUCUAUCUUUAAUUAGUUACCGAAUAACUUUUUAAAAAAAUCUAUUUUGAUUUCAGAGAGGAAGGAAGAGGGAGAGAGAGAGAGAGAGAAAUAUCAAUGAUGAGAGAGAAUCAUUGAUAGGCUGCCUCUUGCACGCGCCCCCUACUGAUUGAGCCCAAAACCCCGGCAUGUGCCCUGACUGUGAAUCAAACUGUGACCUCCUGGCUCAUAGGUUAAUGCUCAACCACUGAGCCACACCGGCCAGGCUGAAUAAACUUUUUAAAGAAAAAACUGAUUUUUUAAGACUAUAAUUUUUCUAGCUGAUGUUCACAUCUUUUUUUGUGUGUGAACUAUCAGAAAAUAGUGAAUACUUUUCAAAUAUUUAAGAACUUAAUGUUUAAAAAGCCAUAAAAUAAAGAAGUGGUACUACCAAAUAAUUGCUUAAAGCUGAAAGCUAAGUUAUCAAUAGUGUUUAUAACAGAUAUAUUUUCUGGGGAGAUGAGUAUCCAGGGACCAAGACAGAAAGAAUUCAUCUAAUUUUUUUUUCCCAGUAAACAUGAAAAAACACACAACACUGCAGCUUAUUAUUACAUUUCCAAAAUACACUGGAGCCUUACUUUAGCACAAUGUACUGUAACUUGGGAGUUUGUUUUGUGAUAAGUCUACCUUGAAUUUCCAUUCAAGAAACUGUAGUCACCAGAAGGACCAAGGUGUCUUAUAAGAUAUGUCCGCGGAGUGUAAAUUCUGGAGACCACUUGUGCCAGGACACUAGUAGAGUAUUCACUUAGGGGUAACCCAUGCUAGAACUUGAAUCAUAAAUAACAGCUAAUAAUUUUUCCAUUCUCAAAGCUUAGACAGCUGUGUGUGAAAUGGAAAAUAAAGUCAUUUUAUUUUGAAUGAAUAGUUCAGACUUUUCUCUACCAGAGCCAAUUAGUAACUGAAAUAGAAUCUCCAUUUUCAGUGAUAAAAGAUCUAAGUUUCAUUUAAUUAUAUCUCUUUUCAGACAAUAUUUCCGUUCUAAUAUUUCCACCCAUCAUUUUCAAUAUUUGGGAAUGUAAGCAACUGAUAUAUUUAUUGUAUAUUGGCUGACAGUUCAUUUUUCUGCCAAUUGUACAUUUAGAGAAAUUUGAAGUUGUUUUAAUGAGAACUUAUUUGUUUUUUUAUCCUCACCCAAGGAUAUGUUUGGUAUUUUUUCAUUGAUUCUAGAAAGAGAGGAAGGAAAAGGGAGAAAGAGAAAGAAACAUAGAUGUAAGAGAGAAACAUCAAUUGGCUGCCUCCUACACAUGCUUCUACUGAGGAUCAAACCUGAAACCUGGGUAUGUGCCCUGACUGGGAGCACCAAUACCCUUCCGUGCAUGGGACAAUGCUCUAGCCAUUGAGAACACCAGCCAGUGCUGAACCUGUUUUUUUAAACUUAACUUCCUAAUAUAUGAGAACUUAAACCUGUUGUUUUCCCACAAUGUUAGUGGGAUGUCAGUUUUAUUUUUAAAAAUAUGUAACAUAACUUUUCCCUGCCAGAUAAUUCUACUGUUAUGUGUCUAUAGUGAUGUACUAUAAAAUACAGACAAAAUAGAAAGCAUUGUUGUUUUUUUUAAUCCUCACUUGAGGAUAUGUUUUCAUUGAUGAGAGAGAGACAGAGAGAGAAACAUCUAUCGAUUGCCUCCUGUAUGCACCCUGACCAGGAAUCAAACCCACAACUUUUUGGUAUACGGGACGACCCUCCAACCAACUGAGCCACUUGGCCAGGGCAAAAAUAUAAUGCACCAUCAGCACGUGGGAACAGCGGGGCUGCCGGCAGACUGGGGACUAGAGCCACAGCACGAGGGGCUGGGCAGGGGCGCGGAGGAUGGGCCGAGACCCGCUCCUGUGCCCACUGCAGCAUUGCCGCCCACAGUUCCUUUCAAGGUGCACAAAUUCAUGCACUGGGCCCCUAGUUAAUAUUUAUAAUAGUUUUUAAUUUUACUUAUGAAUUGAAAGUGUGAGUAUAUUUUAAUUGUUUUAACAGUUGAAAACAUCCUGAAACAUUAUACUGAUUUUGAACUCAAACAGUAUAUGAAAAUAAAUUAUGAAUAAUUUUUAAAUAUCCAAGCCAUAAAGCUAUUCAUGCAUUCAUUCAACAGCUAUAUAAAAUGCCUAAUAUGUAACACACUGUGCAAGGUAUUUGGCAGGUAAACACAGAAAUACAGAGAUCUGUACAUGAACCAGACCAAUAAAAACCUGCAUCUAUUAAUGAUAGCUGUGGUGAAAAGGGAUUGGGGGAUACAUGGAAGGAAAUGGGGUUUGGAAGUAGUAUUUUUAGAAGACUCCUCUGAAGAAAUUAGCUUUAGGACAGGAUCAGAGGAGGAGGUAUGGGCAGGCAUUCUACCCAGAGGCCCUUUUUGCCCGGUUUAUAAAUGUGCUUUUAUUGAAUGACAGUUUAUAAUGUAAACUUCAGAAAUUUAGUGGAAACACUUUAAGAUCUUGUGCUUACCAAAGAGAAAGGAAUGACUUCUGAUGAGAUAAGAGUGGGUAAGGUUGGGAAAGUCAUGUUAUAUAAAAGAGAGACUAAAACUUGCUCAAGUCCCCUGAACAUAUCAGGAUGUACUCUUACGUAGUUUCACUACCAGAAAAGUCAAAAACUUAAUAUGUAUCCCUCAGUAAUGAAUAAAUGUAUAAAAUGUUAUAUAAGA